ACUGAUACCGCCCACCUAUUCUACUAAUACCUACCUCGAAAUCCCAUCUAUCCCAACUAUAUCUCUUCCACCAAUAAUCGAAAAUGCCCCGCGGUAUACCAGGUCCCCACCCAGGGACACCCAACAAGAAACGCAAACACGAAGAAGACCUCUCCGAAAACCCGUACACGCGCAAAUCCCGCGCGCGAACGGCCCGGCUCACGGGUGCAGACCGCACCAUGGACAACGCCCGCAAUGCGGACCGCCAGGCUGUAAAUCGUCGGUUGAGGAGGAUCAAGGCGAGCGGGGAGUAUCUCGCUGCGGAUGAUGACGCUAGGAAGCGUAUGCUGGGCGAUGCGGUGAAGAGGGAGAUUAAGUAUCGGGAUUCGAUUGGUCGUUCUGCGACGGCUAUUGCGGAGAAGAUUGGAUAUCGUGAUGGCUCGACUAGUGCUGUCCAGGUUGUCAAGGAUAAAUCCGCUGAGAAGAAUCCUGAUGAUAUGAUUCCUGUGGUUUUGACGUGCAAGCAGUGCGCUGGGAGUGCCAAGGACUUGGUGGCUAAGUGUGCGCCCAUUAAUGGCAAAUCUGAUGGCAAGACUGAUGGCAAGACUGAUGGCAAGUCUGAUGACAAGCCCAAGCCAUCGCGGCGCGCGGACACUACAAAAAAGCCAGACCAGCCUGCGCCUACUGCUAAUAAAGCCGAAAGUGCCCCCAGCAAGCUCGAACAGCGCAACGAGGAUACUCAACAACCUUGGACCUGGGAGAGUUGGUCCAUGUUUUGGAAGACCGCUGUUACUCCCAUCUUUAGCAAGGCAAAACGGCUUAGUCGGGUUGGAGGUGUGGUUCCGGAAUGAUGCUAUGAAACUUGAUCCGUUGUUUUUAUAAGCCUUGUUUGUUUGGAUUGGUCGAAAAGUUUUAUUGUCGUUCAUUGCGUUAGAUGGCAAACGGUCUAAAGUUUGCUGUUUUGGAUAGACUUUGAUUUCAUGGCUUGAUUAUUGCAUGGGUUUAAGCCCAGUGGGUGAAAGACUGUCGAAUGGUGUCUGAAUGAUGUAUACGAAAAAGCAUGUUGGCGAU